GUGUGUGUGAGGAGAGCCUAGGCAUCGGUGAGAGAUAAUCCGCGUAGAGGCCAUUAACCCGUGGUGGCGGUGGUUAAGUUUAGGUACCGCAGUAAUCUGUCAUCAGUAAUGCCUCCUGAACAUCCACCCUAAGAAACACUCGCGAAAAAAAAAAAAAGUAAGGAGAAAAAAGAAAAAAAAUGUUAUAAGGCCUCGGGGGAGUGAGUCGGGGUCAGGUGGUGGUGGGCCUUGUGUCAGGGCGCGGUAAGGGCGAGGGUGGCGCGCCCGCCGUGCUCUCCUCGCUGCUCGACCCAAAACAUUCGGUGAGGGCCGCCAACCCUCGGCACUUCAUUCAUAACACAACGCCGCAAUGCAAACUGAAAAACGACACGCUCUUCGAUACACCCCGAACUGAACAGCGGCAAGAAAAGAUCGCGAGGCGGGAAUAAGUCCGGUUCAUAUCGCGUGUGAUAAAGUUAUCUCCUCUCACAGGAUGGGAGGGAUCCUGUGGCGAGACUGCCAGUGUGAGGCAGCAGCAGGCGGCGGGCACACGUUAGCACACCCUCACUAGCACCACGGCAGCAAUUCACCGCGGCGGAAAGCUAGAUGCGCCCAAUUCGCGUUGAGUUAGCAAGUGGUGUGCCUUCAUUCAUUCAUAAGAGGUGUGCGGGGGCGAGGCGGCCGGGUUGGCACGCCUGGCCAGUGCUAUCAAGAUGGCUACUAGCGGCAAGACGCGCAACGGGCAGCCCAAGAACAUUACCUCCUUUAUCUCACGGUUGCACGGUGCCUUUACAGAAGCUAUGGCUCCACCCAAACUCGUGAUAGAGAGACGAACUUUAGAGAAGACGUGGAAGCUAAUGGACAAAGUGGUUAAGCAGUGUCAGCAAUCCAAAAUGAAUCUGAAAAACUCGCCUCCUUUUAUCCUGGACAUUUUGCCAGACACUUACCAGCACCUGAGGCUCAUCUACAACAAAUACGAGAACAACCUUGCCGCUCUCAACAGUAACGAGUACUUUAAGGUUUUUGUAGAGAACAUGAUGAGGAAGUGCAAACAGGCGUCACAGCUCUUCAAGGACGGCAAGGAGCUCAUGUUUGACGAGAGCUCCCACUACCGCCGCAACCUGACCAAGCUCUCCCUGGUGUUCUCCCACAUGCUGUCGGAGCUCAAGGCCACUUUCCCCCAGGGCUCCUUCGCUGGGGACCAGUUCCGCAUCACCAAGGGCGCGGCAGACUUCUGGAAAAAGUGCUUCGGGGAAAAAACGGUGGUGCCGUGGAGAUACUUCCGAGAUACCCUGAGUGAGGUGCACCCCAUUGGCCCAGGCUUGGAGGCUAUGGCACUCAAGUCCACCAUAGACCUUACCUGUAACGACUACAUCUCCAACUUUGAGUUCGAUGUGUUCACCAGAUUAUUCCAGCCUUGGCCGACGUUGCUUAGAAACUGGCAGAUCCUCGCUGUCACCCACCCUGGCUAUGUGGCGUUUCUCACAUACGAUGAGGUCAAAGCCAGAUUACAAAAGUACAUCAAUAAGCCAGGAAGCUACGUGUUCCGGUUGUCGUGUACGCGGUUGGGACAGUGGGCCAUCGGGUAUGUGACCAGCGACGGCAGCAUCCUACAGACCAUUCCUCAGAACAAAUCUCUCUGUCAGGCGCUGCUCGACGGCCACAGAGAAGGAUUUUAUUUAUACCCAGACGGGAGAAACCUCAAUCCAGACCUCACUUGGGUAGCACAAGCCACACCAGAGGACCACAUUAAGGUAACCCAGGAGCAGUAUGAGCUUUACUGUGAAAUGGGAUCCACAUUCCAGCUGUGCAAAAUCUGUGCCGAAAACGACAAGGACAUCAGAAUAGAACCGUGCGGACACCUGCUGUGCACGCCUUGCCUAACGCUGUGGCAGGACUCGGAGGGCCAGGGGUGUCCCUUCUGCCGGGCUGAGAUCCGAGGCACCGAGACCAUCGUGGUGGACCCCUUCGACCCACACAAGCAGCACCGCACACAGUCCCUCUCCAGCGGCCAGUUGAUCGAUAUGGAGGAGGAGGAUGAGGCUUCGGUCAGCCAGGAGAAGAAACCUCCCGAUUUUGGAAGCAAAGACGAGCCCAGUGAGCCGCCGCCGUCUCCCAUCCCCGCCCUGCCCAUAGAGCGCACCGGCAAGGCCAGAGCUCGGUCACCGCGCGAAGCUCAGUCUGAUGGGAAUGAGUUAGGUGGUAAUUCUCCGCCACCGCUCCCUAACAGAAAGAAAAAUAACAAGAAUCUCCAGAAGGUAACCGAGCCCCCAGCCCUUCCGCCGCCAAACAAGGCCGCCCAGGCCCUUCUGCCGAGUCCUGAGGACGAGGCCCCACCCAUACCGCGUCGCCCCAACAAGCUGUUGCUCCAGUCCAUCGCCGCCAGCGUCCCUCCCUUGCCCGCCAGAUCAACCUCGGAGGAACUGAUCCACGCCCCGCCUCACCGACCCUUCGUCAAGACGCCGUCUUCGCCCAUGCUGAGAGUGCGCGGCGCGAAACACAACGUGGACUGCCCCUCUUGGUGGGAUGUCAUGCGCUCCAAGGACACCGAGCGACCCUUGUCUGACUCCCUGCGCUCCUCUUCUCUAGACGAAGGCCUGGCAAGGAGUGACUCGCUGGCCUGUACCUGCGGCGCCUUGAGGUGCGUGGCUGCUCACAAGCAGUCCAAGAAUAAACGCGCUUCGGAGGACGGAUAUGUGUGGGUGCAGCCUGGGCUUUACCUUGACCCCGAUGAGCCGCGGCGCAUCCCACUCUACUCGAAGCCGCCAAAAGUCGCUAUUCAACAUUCGCGACUGCGGCACUCGUCCGAUGGGAUCCAGUUCACGGCAAGAGAGGCGCCUCAACUCACUAGAAAUUAUGAAUACGUUAUUCCCGUGGACUCCUCGGUGAGCCCUCCGCCCACGCCGCCAGAAAGGCACGACAGUCUCUUCCUGAACCAGACGCACAGCGGCAGUACCAGCUCGACCACUUCCAGUGUCAAUUUACCGGACUCUAAUGGCGACUCGUGGGACAACAGCGGCCUGCCCCGGGCCACAGACCGGGAGCCGCAGCCGUCGGUGGUCAAACGGAGAGUUUUCCAUGAUAAAGAGUUCCGGAGAGAGGUUGAAACCUGUAAUCGCAAUGACGGGCAGACGAGUGUGAGUCACGCACACGGGGCGGUGCGGUGCGGGGCGGCAGAGGUACCAUCGAGCCCGUGCCUGCCAGAGGAGAAGGAGGAGGAAGAAGAGGAGGAAGAGAAGUUGGUGCUACUGGUAACGUCACAGCGCCUGGAGAUGGUGAGGUGGAGUCCCUGUAUCAAGUGCCCCGUGGCGAACCUGAGGCCUUCUAUGACGUUCCCAGCGGGGCACCUGAGGCCAUCUAUGACGUGCCCCGCGCGGCACCUGAGGCCAUCUAUGAUCAGCCCCAUGGCACUCCUCAGUCCAUCUAUGACGUGCCUUGUCCCUCCUGUCCCGCCACCCAUGACGCAGCCGCCAGUGACAACGCCUCUGACACUAUUUACGAUGUCUCAAGCCCUUCCCCCGAGCCGAUUCCAGGCGCGAGGUCCAGCCUUCUCGACGAGGAGCAGGACGAGGGCGUGGCCGCGACGCUCCGAGGAACAGCCGAGGAGUGCAGGGAGCCACGUAAACACUGCGACACAGAGGGGUUCAAGAAGUCCCCUAAUGUCCCCCGGCGCGUCCCCCAGGGUGUGUCGGAGAGAUGACGUCAUUCCCCCGCCCCCUGUACCCCCCAGGAAGGCCAGCCCGCCCCAGCCCCCUCCACCCCGCCCCGGCAAACAGGUGAGAGUCUGGUUAGAGGUAGGUGAGGCGGAGGAGGAUGAGGACAUGCCCUUAGCGCCACCCCGUACCGCCACCUCGACGCCCACCAUCAUCACCACGCCCACCACGCCGCCUCGCACCGUCACCAUCGUCACCCUCGACCCCAACAACCUGUCCAUUGAGACCACUUCGUCAGGCACCGGCAAGGACGCGGGGCGGAAGGGCGGCUCCUCCUCUCCAAUACGGGCGCGGCCGGGCUUCGUGCCGCAUAUUGUGCCUCGGAUCAGCAAGUUGAUGCGCACCUCGGGAUCCAACCCUUCCCUCUCCUCCUCCUCCUCCUCCUCCCCCACCUCCACCCCGGCCACCACUCCAACGCCGGCGCCCGCCCCCACCCCCGCCACCACGCCCACCCCGUCAGCGCCGCCCUUCCCCUCACAGUACCUGGGCAGCGGCUCCUCGUCACCGUCCUUCGUUCCCGUGACGCUCCCUGCCAGCCCCAACCCCUCCGCCAGGCUCCAGCACCAGCAGCAGCAACAGCAGCAGCAGCAGCCCGGCUCGCCCCUGGGAGGGCCGCCCACCACCACGGCGCCGUCCCCGCCCGUGGCCGUGUCCUCGCCCGUCACGGUCAUCACCUACACUCCCAUCAUGCCUCAGGAGGACACCCCGGAGGCCCCCACCACCACCACCACGACCACCACCACCACCACCACCACCACCGCCACCACCACCAUGCCCGUCACGCCGCGGCCACGCACCAUCCUGCCCCCCCAGGCUUCCCUCAUGCCCCCCACGCCCUCCACCACCCCCUCCCCUUCCUCGCCCUCCUCCAUCACCUCCUCCACCUCCUCCUCGUCCUCGUGCUCCACCUCCACCUCCAGCGGCGACGUGGACCGGCGGCCGAGCGGCACCAGCCACGCGGGGGAGCUGGAGGACAUCCACGAGGAGCCGCCCUACGAGAACACCACGCUGCCGCCCCCCGCAGACCCCCCAGCGUGCAAUACGACGGCGAAGAAAUCAGCUACCGAUUCUGAUCUCCCGAACUUUCCCGUCCCGACAGCCCCAACGCUCGCUAACAUGACCAGGUCCCUCUCGGCCGACAGAAGCAUGAACGCGUCGGAGGGCGGCGAGAACGAUGACGCACACACGGCCUACGAGAAUCUCCACAUGGACUACCUGGCCACGCUGACGCACGAGGGGUUCACGCAGGAGGAAGUGAUACGGGCGCUGGUCAUCACGCACAACAACAUCACCAUGGCCAGGGACAUCCUCAGGGAGUUUUCGUCUAAAAGGAGUUAAGGGCGGCAAGAAGGACGCGAUUCCUGCAACCCUCGCAUCCUUAAACCCUUCCGCAGCCUCCUCCUACUUCGUCUCCUCCAGUAUUUCUGGGGGAGUGUUAGCCAGACAGUUCCCGCCACUCGUGCUCUCUCUCCCGCCCAUCCCCCGAACGCCUGCCCACCUCCACCGCCACUCUUUAUCCCUCCCCAUCGUCUUUUUCUCUCCUCUUUCCCCCCAAGACUCGGCGGCAGGCUCGGGGCGCGGCGGGGUGGCGGGUGGUGACUGUCUGUGGGAAUCACCGUCGUGUGUUCUUAUGGUGUUGUGUACAUAGUGGUGUGGUGAGACGUUACUGCAGGGCCGCACGCCGCCCCGCCAGCCGCCGCCCCCGUGGUGGCGGCGGCGGCGGUGACGGUGAUGUUACUACUACUGCGAUUAUAUUAUUACUAUUACUACUACUAUUACUACUACUGUCAUUAUUAUUAUUAUUAUUAUUAUUAUUAUCAUUAUUAUUAUUAUGGUUAUUGUUAUGGGUAUUGUUGUUAGCGAAGUGGUGAUGAUGGCAAUGGUGAUGCUGGUGGUGAUAGUGACUGGUGUGAUGCCCCCUCCACCCCUCCACCCUCUCCUACCCUCUCCACCCAGCCAGCCUCUCACAGGGACAUCCACCCCUCCUC